CAAAAAUUGAAUAAUUCAAUUUUAAAUUUCUCGUUUGAAUUUGACUGCUUUAGUUACUUCCGUUUAAACUUCCAACAUGGCUACUUCAACUAUUAUGUCCUUUUCCUGUCCACGAUUGUUUGUGUGAGACGUGUGCUAACAUUAGUUAGCAAAUAAAGGAUAAAUUAUGGCAGAUAUGGAUACAUUUGAUGACCUCGGUACUGGUACUGAAACAGUGCAAGCUGGAUGGUCGGCAGAAUUACCGGAAAUAAAACUUUUUGGUCGAUGGAAUUGCGAAGAUGUGCAAGUCAGUGAUAUGUCCUUGCAAGAUUAUAUAGCAGUGAAGGAGAAAAAUGCGAAAUAUCUUCCUCAUUCUGCCGGCAGGUAUGCAGCUAAACGCUUUCGUAAGGCUCAAUGCCCUAUUGUUGAGAGGUUAUCGAAUAGUCUUAUGAUGCACGGACGUAAUAAUGGAAAAAAACUUAUGUCUGUGCGGAUUGUAAAACAUUCUUUCGAGAUUAUUUAUCUUCUUACGGGUGAAAAUCCCCUUCAGGUUCUAGUAACAGCCAUAAUUAAUUCUGGACCAAGGGAAGAUUCGACGAGAAUUGGUCGCGCGGGAACUGUACGACGUCAAGCAGUUGACGUUUCUCCAUUACGGCGAGUAAACCAAGCAAUAUGGUUGCUAUGCACCGGAGCAAGGGAGGCUGCUUUCCGCAAUAUAAAAACAAUUGCUGAAUGUUUGGCCGAUGAGCUUAUAAAUGCAGCGAAAGGAUCAUCUAAUUCUUAUGCUAUUAAGAAAAAAGAUGAGUUGGAGCGAGUCGCCAAAUCAAACAGAUAAACUGGAAGAAAAAAAUGUUUCCUCUUUUCAUUCGUAAGAAAUAAACUAAAUCUGUUUCACAAA